GUGAGGCGGCGGUUGCGAAGCCGCUUGAGAACCCCAUGGUUUUCCCCUUCUUUCAGGAGUGGAGUAAUUGUCACGACUCAAAAAAACGGAUCACCAGAAUCUGACACUCUCCUAACUGUAUGUAACUGUACCACAUAGCAUAAGUUAGCCAUAGUGCAAACUUUUAAGAGGGGGUUGUCUCCACAUGAUGAGGGCAGCAAGAACAGGAUGUAUGCUAGGCUAUAUGUAUUCAUGGAUGGUCACUAGGGAAGUUAUCAAAACACUCUAGCAGUCAUUAAAUGGAGGCAGAGAGCAGCAUUUACACUUUGUGAACUUGGACAAAAUGCCAGGUAUGUAUUGAGGUAAGUUAUAUAGUUUAAGAUGUAAAGAGUUUUUAUAUACAGAGUUUCUAUUCCAGGCAUGCACUCAUAGUUGAAAUACAAUGUUUUAGGUUAAUCCUAGAAAAAUAAGGGGUAUUUAGUUUAUUGUCUGUAUUCCAGAGUGUUUUAUUGAGUAGUUUUUUAAAAAAAUGAAAUGAAGAUGAGCUGGAGCAUGCACAGUUGCUUGAUUAGCAUAUUCUUAAAAUCUCUUAGACACACUGCACAAGAUCAUAAUAUGCUCUUUGGAUACAUUGAUCUGGUUUGGAGGCAAUGUAGUUUAGCUGUUAAACCAGGCAUCCCCAAACUUCGGCCCUCCAGAUGUUUUGGACUACAAUUCCCAUCAUCCCUGACCACUGGUCCUGUUAGCUAGGGAUCAUGGGAGUUGUAGGCCAAAACAUCUGGAGGGCCGCAGUUUGGGGAUGCCUGUGUUAAACCUUAGCAUGGGGUGGGAGCUUUCAUUCCUCCAGACAUUGCUGAAUUACAACUCCCAACGGCCCCAGUAAAAACGGCCAGGGAUUAUAGGAGUUAUAGUUCAGCUACAUCUGAAGGGAUAGAGGUUCCCCACAGCUGCUUUUGCAUCAUGAGAAUAAGCAGCAGUGAGCCUGAGACUUGCAUGCUCCCCUGCCUUCUCGUCUAGGAAUUUGGAAGCUUCUGCAGCUUGAUUUGUCAUCUGAACUAACAAACUCUGGAGAAUUUCAACUAUGGCUUGUUCAGAAUUAGUCAACUUCAAACCAUGGAGGUGACUUGUUAAAACAAACCAUAUUUAAACAAUCACAGUUAAGUGACACAUAUAACAUUUUUUUUAAAGCCACAGUUUCCAGACUCCCUUUAAACUUGUUUUAAAUUCCUUUGUACAUUGGCCAGAUGGCUACGUGAUCAAGUGGGCUUCAAAGCAGUUGCAUGUUCCUACCCAAGAGAGCUACACGUCCUGGUUUUUUUAAAUAUAAAAAAACUUGGGUCCAAGGAACAGUUGUUAUUUCCGGUCUACUUAUUCACAGGUCCUUUUUCCAUUGUAUUGAAUGCCCUUUCCCAGUUAUCGGAGAAGAACCAUGAAGAGCCGCUCCACAACUCCCCCUUUGCACGUCCAUGUGGAUGAAAAUACCCCUGUCCAUGUCCAUAUUAAAAAGGGUCAGAAAACACCACCACCUGCAAAAUCCCAGCAAAAGCACAAGCAGAAAAUGAAAGGGGAUACCGUGAAUGUGCGCCGCAGUGUCCGAGUAAAAACCAAAGUCCCCUGGAUGCCCCCAGGCAAAACAUCUUGCCGAGAUUCAUCAUACAAGUGGGAGGGACCAACCCAUCGCCUGGAAAUAACUCCUCCAGAUUCAGAUAAGUUACUGUCAGUGCUCCGCUUGAGUGAUCUUUCAACAGACGAGGAGGACGCCAUUCACUGCAAAAUGGACAAGUACGAGAAGAAGAUAGGGAGCUUAAUGAACGUGGUGGGCACCUUGAAGAAUGAGAUGUGUCCUCAGAUAUGUCCUCAGAUCAAAAUGCCAAAGCGGGAUGAUGGGCGAUGUGUGGCUAAGCGUCUCCUUGAAGAGCAAAAGGAAGAGCUGGAUGAGGUCACUCAGGAACUGGUGGAGACAGAGCAUGAGAACACUGUUCUCCGGCGCAAUAUUGAACGUAUGAAGGAGGAGAAAGACCUUAGCAUACUUCAGAAACGGCACUUGAUGCACGAGAAGGAAUGCUUGAUGUCCAAGCUAGUGGAGGCUGAGCUAGAUGGAGCAGCUGCUGCCAAACAGAUCAAGGCCCUGAAGGACGCUAUCAGCAAACUAAAAUCUGAGAAGAACAUGACAGUCUCGGACAUCAACACACUUACCAGGCAAAAAGAACUGCUGUUGCAGAAGUUAAGUACUUUUGAGGAAACCAACCGUACACUCCGAGACCUGCUUAGAGAGCAACAUGGUCGAGAGAAAGACUCUCAGAAGCUGGCUGAGCAGCAGGCGGCACUAAUGAAAAGGCUUACUGAAGCUGAUGCCGAAAAAGCGCAAUUGGUAAAAAAACUGCAAGAGAAAGAAAAAGAAGUUGAUGAUCUAAUUGUUCAGAUACAGACAGAAAAGGAUCAAGCAAAGACCGCAUCUGAACUCUCCAAAUCCAUGGAAGCCGUGAGGGGCCACAUGCAGGCACAGCUGCGCAAUAAAGAAGCGGAGAAUAACCGCCUGCAGAUCCAGAUCCGGAAUCUGGAGCGUGUUGCAUCUCAACACAAGGCAGAAGUGGAAAAUAUCAUGGAACAGAUGAAAGAGCUGAAGAUGAAGACUGAGCGUGACAAGGAAGCCCUGAAGAAUGCAAUCAAGGCACAGAAAGAUCGAGCGGAGCGCAGUGAGGAGUAUGCUGAUCAACUGAACGCCCAGCUGGCAGAAAAGGACAACUAUGUUGCUGAGGCGUUGUCCACCUUGGAAUCAUGGAGAAGCCGCUACAACCAGGUGGUGAAAGACAAAAGUGAUCUGGAAGUUGAGAUUGUGAUGCUGAACAGCCGUAUUUCAGACUUGGUGGAACAGCAAAACACUAUGGAAGACAAGAUGCGGGAGGACAGAGAUGCCAUGGUGGACAAACUGCACCGGCAGGUCACAGAAAGUACCUCAUUCAAAAUGGAGAAUGAGAGGUUGAAGAAUAGCAUACUCCCAGUGGAAGAAAAACUGAAUAAAGCUCAACAGGAAAUAGCAAUGCUCAAAGCAUCCCUCAAGAACUACGAAGGGACAAUUGAAAGUUACAAGAACCAGGUGGUGAAAACGCGAAUGGAAGCUGAUGAUGUGACUGUGAAACUGGAGCUUUGUGAAAAAGAGAACAAAUCACUGAAGGAAGAAAUGACCAAGGAGAUUGAAAAUGCUCGUAAGCAGUUCCAGAGUCAGGUUGCUGAGCUAGAAAAGCUUCCCGAGAUCCUGAAGAUCACAGAGUCUAAACUGGCUGAGUGCCAGGAACAGCUAAAGGGUUACGAGAAGAAAAAUAUGGAGCUGUCAACCAUGAUCACAGACCUCCGUCAGCGGAUUGAGCUUCAGGGAGACAAGAUGGAGAUGAUGAGAGAGAGGUAUCAGUCUGCCCAAGAAGAGAACAAGCAGCUGAUCCUCAAGCUUGAAGAGCUGGAGAGGAAGCUUGAAGCAGCAAGCGGUCAGAAUAUAGAAUUCAUCCAGGUCAUAGCGAAAAGGGAGGAGUCGAUCCAUCAGGCCCAGCUGCGACUAGAGGAGAAGACCCGGGAAUGUGGCUCCUUGGCACGCCAGCUGGAGAUAGCCAUAGGUGAUGCCAAGAGGCAGGUGGAACAAACAAGGGAGCGAGCAGCAGCAAGGGAGAGAACAGCUCAGUCGAAGAUGCUGGAUUUGGAAACUCAACUGAGCAGGACAAAGACGGAACUGAAUCAACUGCGGCGGAGCAAAGAUGAUGCAGAGUGUCGGUAUGAAAGCCGCCUCCACGACCUGAAGGAUCGUCUUGAACAGUCUGAGAGCACCAACCGAAGCAUGCAAAGCUACGUCCAGCUCCUCAAGUCCUCUUAUGCCAAUGUCUUUGGAGACAGUGCCUUAUCAACCUCCCCGAUUCGUCCUCGAUCUCCACUGUGAUCAAACCUUGUCCCUUAACAUCCAAUACCCUCUUGCUACAGGCUCAGCUGGGUGGACCUAUUUCAAAGCCAUAUCUGAUUUUGGAACUUACAUAGCUCAGGAUCUUCAUCGUAUUGUUGGCGUGGGAGAUUCAUCCUGCCUUUGUGUCAGUGAGAUGGUGGCAUUAAGGGCUGCAUUGGGUAUCAUAAGCCAUGUUAAAGCCGGCCAACAAGGGGCACAUUUACCACCCCUUCUGUCUUUUAGUGCCUUACAGAGGUUACAUGUUUUGAAAGUAACCUGCAGUGUUUUAAUCAUCUUUUAAUUUUAUUAAUGUUUUAUGUAUGAUUUUCUCACUAUGCCAUGAGUUUCAAAUAUCAUGUUUGUUGAAUGCAGAACAAAAUAUUUAGAUUUUUUUAAAAAUAAUAAUAAAAAUUUUGAUCUGAAAAAUUGUGAACCCAUUAAAGGUUGUGUCUGCUAACAGCAUGCCUUGGACCAGACACAGCUGGUGUGGAAACCAUUCCUUUUUCUUUUAAUUGCAUUAUUGCAGUUUUUCUAGGGGUGAGUAUCAGUUUAAAGGUGUGAUUUCAGUAAUUGUGUAUGUGAAGGAGAAAAGCAUCUGCCCUGCUUUUUAAAGAAAUGUGUUUCAUACUAUCUGUACUCUUGUAAAGGUUCCUGGGAUCCAUUUUUCCAAAGCUGCAUAUCUCUGAUCAUUUGUGAUUUUCAUGUGUGACUUUUGUGUUGAGCAGUAAUGUUUUGUUUGUGAAAUAUCCCCUGAUUUUUUGUUUUCAA